CAUUCCUUAAGAUAAAUCCUUAAGGUUUUGGAUUAAACAAACAUUAAAAAAACUGGACGAGCGAAGGAUUAAUCCUUCGUUAAGAGAACGAAGGAGCAAGUCCUUCAUGCGCUGGCAACAGCUGAUUGGUUCCGGUUUAGGGUUGGUUUGGUUAGGGGUGGAAAUAACGCGAGCCGCGUCAUUUUAUCGUUUCAAGGAAAAAAAAAAAGCAGAGUCGAGAGAGAGGCGAUAACAGAGGCGAUUCGCGAUCGACUUUCUUCAAGUUUUUAUAAACAUGGGCCAAGACUAUAGCUACACCCAGCCUUCAUCAUCAGAUGAGUUUGAUAAUACAUCACUUCUUCUUGCGGAAGCCGCUAUGUACGCCGAUGAAGCUGAGAGUAGCUACAACCGUGCUCAGCCGGUUCACUACCCACCUCAGCCGGUUCAGAACUUCUGCGGAGGACAUGCUACUGCGGAGGAGAUGCUUGACUUUCAGACACAGCUGAGGCUGCUUAAGGAUCAAGUUAAUGAGACUCACCAGAACCUGGGUAAGCUGGAGAAGACCGUGUGUGAUGAGUUAUCGCAGAAGAAAGCGUUGGUUACAAAAUGCUUUGCAUUGGUAGUUUGUCUUCUGUUCUGCGUUUUGGUGUUAAUUCUUGGAGGAAGAGCUUUGAAGGAUUACAAGAAGAGUAUCUGACCUCGACACUGUCUUUAAGGUUCAACAGUAGGACAUGUGAACCAAGUCACGGGUGAAUUUGGAGUUGUGAAACCAAGUCACGGGUUUGCUUUGUUUCCAUCACUUCUUCCUUCACUUCUAUAAAUUUGUGUCUCGUUUGCUUUGUUUCCAUCACUUCUUCCUUCCUUCCUUUUAUUUCCAUUUGCUACUACUCUUGACAAGAAGGUGUAAUCUUGUUGCUACCAAGUUGUUGUAUUCACUAGCUUCUGUUUUAAUUAGGUAACUCUAUCUCUUAACGACUUCUUGUAAUAUAUUUGACUUGCUUAAGUUGAUGUAAUGUAACUUGCUUCUGCA